AUGGCCCAUCCCAUCAUCUUCAACGGCAGCCUCGGCCUAGGUUUCAUGAUGGUCGGUCUCGGCCUAAACGCCAGCUUCCGUCCAGACGCUCACCUCAAAAGCCUCGAAUUCCCCGUGCCCACCGAGCCGUUGGCCAAGAAGUUCAGCCAUGCCCUCAUGCGCAUCUGGGGCAUCCGCAAUAUCUCGUUCGGCCUGUUGAUGUCGGCUAUCUGGGCCACGGGAGAUGAGAACCUCAUGGCGAAGACGCUGUGCAUUUCUGUGGCUUUUCCGAUCACGGAUGGGUUUGUGAGUAGGGCUAUUAUCGGGGGCGGCGAGGCACAGCAUUGGAUGUUUCCACCUAUUGUGCUUAUUAUGAGCGCUGGUUUGUUUGGGUGGUUUUAA